GGAUACUGGGAGAGCCGGAAGAGCCGUAAAGAGAGCAGCAGAUCCCAGUAACGUCACUGGUUCUCCAUCAAAACCCGAUCCGGGAACGCACCGCAUCUACCGGGGUCGACUUCAAAGAUUCAGUGCAGGCUGUGGUCGGGAUCACCUGUGUCGUACACCGUGCGUGUGGCAGAGGCUCAGUAAAGAUGUGGAAGGCAGCAGCAGGACAGUCAGUGAAGGUGGCUGUGGAUGAUGGAGGCGACGACUGGGAGACCGACCCCGACUUUGAGAACGACGUUUCGGAGAAGGAGCAGCGCUGGGGGGCGAAGACGGUGCUCGGUUCAGGACAUCAGGAGCACAUAGACAUCCACCGGCUGCGUGAGACGGUGUCGACGGAGCACACCAGCUUGAAGCAGAAGGAGCUGGAGACGAUGCCCAAGGCGUCGCAUGGAUACGGAGGGAAGUUUGGAGUCCAGCAGGAUCGUAUGGACAAGUCCGCCGUGGGUCACGACUACCAGAUCAAGUUGUCCAAGCACUGCUCCCAGACAGACACGUCCAAGGGCUUUGGAGGCAAGUUUGGAGUUCAAGCUGACCGCGUUGACCAGUCUGCUGUCGGGUUUGAAUACGCCGGGAAGACGGAGAAACACGCCUCGCAGAAAGACUACACCACUGGGUUUGGGGGGCGAUACGGAGUGCAGGCAGAUCGUGUCGACCAGAGCGCGGUGGGCUUCGAUUACCAGGGCAAAACCGAGAAACACGAGUCCCAGAAAGAUUACACCAAGGGCUUCGGCGGCAAGUUUGGCGUCGAGACCGACAAGGUGGACAAAAGCGCCGUGGGCUUCGAGUACCAGGGAAAAACAGAGAGACACGAGUCGCAGAAAGACUAUGUGAAGGGCUUUGGCGGUAAGUUCGGCGUGCAGACGGACAGACAGGACAAAUCGGCGCUGGGAUGGGACCACCAGGAGAAGCUGCAGCUCCACGAGUCUCAGAAAGAUUAUUCGAAAGGGUUCGGAGGGAAGUUCGGCGUCCAGAACGACCGCAUGGAUAAGAGUGCAGGGACGUUUGAGGACGUGGAGAAGCCGACCUCUUCUUACCAGAAGACCAAACCUGUGGAGGCUGCCGGCAGCGGCACAGGAAGCAUCAAGGCUCGCUUCGAGAACAUCGCCAAGCAGAAGGAGGAGGAGGACAGGAAGAGGGCCGAGGAGGAGCGGGCGCGUCGACAGGCCAAGGAGAAGCAGGAGCAGGAGGAGGCGCGCCGUAAGAUCGAAGAGGCGCCCAAAGCCCCGUCUCCGGUCCCCGCCGCCAGUCCCAGCCCGACCCCACCUGUUGAGCCGGUGGCAGCUCCAGCAGCAGCAGCAGCUCCAGCUCCAGCUCCAGCUCCAGCAGCACCGUACCACGCCGCGGAGGAGGCGUCGUAUGAUGCUGCUGAGGAGAACGGAGAGCAGCUGUACGAGGCGGAGCCGCAGAACCAGUACGCACAGCAGGAGGACCUGUACCAGACCCCCGAGGAGACGGCAGCAGGAGACGGGCAGCAGUACGAGUACGGCGAGGACCUCGGGGUGACCGCCGUGGCGCUGUACGACUACCAAGCAGCCGGCGACGACGAGAUCUCCUUCGACCCCGAUGACAUCAUCACCAACAUCGAGAUGAUCGACGAGGGCUGGUGGCGAGGCGUGUGCAGAGGCGCCUACGGCCUCUUCCCGGCCAAUUACGUGGAGGUUCGGCAAUGAUGACACCCCGACCCCCACCCCCACCCCCACCCCCACCCUACCCCCACCCCCACCCCGACCCCCACCCCCACCCCCACCCCGACCCCCACCCCCACCCGCCAAGAUGACCUGUCUCUCUGUAAAAACAAAAAAGAAAAAAAAAGAGGAAGGAGACAAUUUCCAAUCCUGUUUCCUUCCCACACUUUGGUCUUUUCUCUCUUCACCUCAUCUUAGUGCUUCGACACUGUGAGACGUCCUCAGGUCUCCUAUACAGCUUUCUUUUACCCCCCCCCCCCCCCCCCGUCUACUCCAUCUUCAGGUCUUUGCCUCUCGCAGUGGACAGAGUUAUUUCAGAGUGACGCAGAGAACACAUAUAGAUCUCAUUAUCUGGGUUUAAAACCGGCUCAAAGCUUUGCUGCGUUAAAGCUUCAGGAUGCGACUCAGGCUGUUGACCGUCGCCUCCUUCGGGCCGCGGCGUGACUUUAACUCUUUACCUCCUGCCUCACAGCCGCACGUUGCAUUUUGCAGCUUUAAGUAUUCGUUUUUAUUUUCAGAUUCGUGUUAUAAGACUUCGGCCUCACGAGGUUUCGUUCAGGCGUCGUUGAGUCUCACCAAAGACCAGAUGAGUCUUGUGCCUAGGACUCAGGGUGCUCACUGCUCAGUAGCUCGACCUUCACGUAAAGCAGGAGCAGAUCAAAGAGAUAAAACCUCCACUUUGGAUUAUUAUGUAUAUUAAUAGCUAUAUACUGUCCAGUACAUCGACUAUGGACCAAAAAGCUGAUUAACCCCAUUUUGCUCCUUGGUCUGUCUGUGUAAAGUUGCUUUGUUGCACAGGAGUUUAACCCCCCCCCCCCAGAUUGAAGCUGCACUUGUUGAUUCAUAUAGUACGAAUACAUCGAACACUUACACGAGUAAAGGAUUGAUUAUAUGUGAUCAAUAAUGAGGCUUCCUCCUUUACCGAUGUGUAAAUUGAUCAGAGUCGAUGAUGUAAAAGUACAAGCGAAACAAAAACACUAUAUUCAUAGUAUUAUUUUAAUCAUCUUCAUACGUUACACAGGUUCAUGCGUAGAAUCAUGUACAGAGAGAAGAGUUAUGACGCUUUGACAAAUAAUAGAUUUGGAAACAUGUUUUUGUUUUUCUCGACGCGUGUGAGACUUGUGUAUUUGUGACUUGCCGCCGUGGACGUUCUGGUUCUUGUGUAAUAGCGUGAGGCGUGGAGCGUGGAGCGGAACUAACAUCCCUCAUCACGACCGCACGUGUUCGCCGACCAGCGGAGCUGCAGGAAAAUAUCAGGCUGUUGUUUAAGGGAAGAGGCUUCGGUGAAUUCUCCAAACACUAAUUAUUUCUAACGGACGGCUCGUCUGUGGAUCGCGGUAGUGUAGCUGAAACAGGUGUGUGUGCACGAGCGAGCGUGUGUGUGAGUGAGCGAGUGUGUGUGUGAGGGCUUUCAUUGAAUUCAUCUUUGGGGUUUUAUAAUAAAAAGUGACCUUUUCAAAUGCAUUAUUUUUAUCUGUACCUCUGUUUGCUUGAGUCACAUCAUUACCUGCUUGUUCUUUUUUUAGUUUCAAUAAAUAAACUAUGAACGAUGA